UUGGCUCCGCGCGGUGACUUCAUAUGAGCGCGCCGGCGGAGAGCACCGUGUCGGUGGCUUUGGGUUGCGCGCCUCGUCUUCUCUUCACCGCGCCGUUUCCGCCCGUUGCUCUGCCGGCCGCGCCGAAGCAGCUGGGCCGCCGGCCGGCAGGACCCGUGAGGGGCGCAGGGAGCCAUGGGGGCCGGAGCCGCCGCGCGGGCCUCGGCGCCGCGUGCUGACUGAGGGCAGCGGGGCCGCCCCCCUCUGGCUGCUCCGCGGCCUCGCCGCCCGCGCCCUCGUCCCUCCUGCGCCGGGAGAGCGGCUCGGAGCGCGCACUGAGCGGGCGCGGGGCUCCCCCGGGGCGGCGAGCAGCACCCAGCGGCUUCCCUUUGUCUCUUGGCCGCGUCCAGCGCUGAAAGGCGUCAGCGCCGAAUUCCCAGGGGCGAGAGGAUCGCAGGCUGCCAGUCUUUCCCUGUUUUUUAAUAUAUAUGUAUUUUUUCUGUAUCCCUAAAGACUCUCAGUAAAGUCUUUGGGCUGGAUAUCUUUUUUUUUUUUUUUUUUUUUUAAUUAUUUUUCCCCCCUCCAUGUUUAAGUAUCUGCCUUGAAUGAAUUAAUAAAGAUGGAUAAGAAAUCAUUUGAAACCGUGCUGGAUGAAAUUAGAAAGGCUGUAUUGACUGAGUACAAAUUAAAGGCUAUUGAAUAUGUUCAUGGAUACUUUUCUAGUGAACAGGUCGUGGAGUUACUGAGGUACUUUUCCUGGGCUGAACCACAGCUCAAGGCAAUAAAGGCUUUACAACAUAAAAUAGUGGCAGUUCCAGCGUCAAAAAUGGUUAAUAUUCUCAACUGCUUCACAUUCAGUAAAGAUAAACUUAUUGCCCUUGAACUCUUAGCUUCCAACAUUGUUGAUGCUCAGAAUUAUCGCCUUAUUGAAGAUCUGUUCAGAAUUAAUAUGUCAGAGAAGAAAAGAUGCAGAAGAAUUCUUGAACAGGCUUCGAAAACCGGUUGUAAGGCUCCUCAUGCUAUGAUAUCUUCCUGUGGCAUGAUUCCUGGCAACCCUUAUCCCAAGGGCAAACCAAGCCGUAUAAAUGGAAUUUUCCCAGGGACCCCUAUCAAAAAGGACACAGAAGAAUGUACUAAUGAAGGAAAGGGAAUAGCAGCCCGUAUACUUGGACCAUCCAAACCGGCUCCAUCAACCUACAAUCCACACAAACCAGUUCCAUACCCCAUCCCACCAUGUCGGCCACAUGCAACUAUUGCACCAAGUGCUUACAACAAUGCUGGAUUAGUUCCAAUGGCUAAUGUGAUAGCUCCAGGCUUACCAGCUCCUCAGUCAUACGCUGCUAAUCAAGUAGUGUCAGAAAAUGAGGACCUUUCCAGCCAGGCGAAACCUUCCCAAAAUCAAGCUUUUUCUGCACAAGCGAAUCAGCUCUUUACUCCUCAUGGUUCUAAUCCUUCAACACCUGCUGCUACUCCAGUCCCUACCCCAUCACCUGUCAAGGCAAUAAGCCAUCCAUUAGCACCUGCAACUCCACUCAUCUCUGGGAUGAACAUGUCUACCCCUGUCCUUCCUGUUUUCCCAGGGCAGGUCUCCUCUUCCAUCCAUACAUCUCAGUCAUCCACCCCAACCCCUACUGUCAUCAAAUCCCUUUCAUUACCUGGUGUCCCUGUCACAUCUGUUCACAGUGCAACCUCUACCCCUAUUCCUGCAGUUUUUUCUGGGCUGGCUUCUAUACCCACUGCUACACCAGCAUCACAAGGUUCUUCCACACCAUGUGCCACACCUGCGCCUAGUGAAGCUUUCGCAUCUGCUGCUGCUGCUGCACCAUUUGCUGGUCUCCCGUUUUCUGCAACCUCUUCAAUUGCUUCUGCUAAUAAUCCCACUCCAUUGUCAUCAGUUUUUGCUGGGCUUCCCUUGUCCUUGCCUCCCAAUGCCCAAGGGAUUUCAAGUCCUGUUCCAUCUACAAUUGCUAAUUCUCCUGCCACUACCAUUCCUGGUUCGCUUAGCUUGCCUAACCCAAUUUUGUCUGUCUUAAAGGGAUUUUUGACAUCAAAUGACACUUCAUUAAUCAAUUCAUCUGCUUUACCUUCUGCUAUGACAAAUGAGCUUGCUUCUUUAUCUGCUCUUGCUAAUCAAAGCUCUGACCCUCCUACUUCCUCUGUCAACAAAUGUUAUACUCCAUCAGCCACCCCCACCUCACAGCGUUCCUCCACACCUGGGCUGGCCAUUUUUCCAGGUCUUCCAUCCCCAUCUGUAGCCAAUUCUAGCUCCACUCCUCCAACAUUGCCUGCACAGUCACCCUUAACCACUUCACCAUCAAUUAUGCCAGUCAACUGUGGCUCAUCAGCCUCCCUUUUGCAUGGCACAAGCCCUUCUAAUCCUGAUCAGCAGCUCUCAUCAGUCCCAGCUGCCACUAGUAUCCCAGUUCUGGUCAAAACUGAACCCAUGAGUCCUACCCUUUCGGCCUUCAAAGGUCCUUCUCAUUCGGCCGGCCCUUCUCAUGGCACUAUAGGGCUGUCAGCACUCGGGCGUGCAUACACCUCAGCAGCUUCAGUGCCAGUCAGUUUACCCAAUUCCCUGAAUCCAGUACUAUCAGGUCUCUCCUCUUUGAGUGCUCCUCUGAACAAUUCCAGUUCUCUGUCUUCCAUUUCCCUUGCCCCACAUGGCUCCUCUGGUUCCAUUGCCCCUAUGUUCAAUGGACUUCCUCCUUUUACAUCUCUAACCAGUAACUUUGCUUUUACUGGUAAUCCAGCACUUACGCCACCCGUCACUCUCCCAGGGUCUUUGUUAGCUACUCCGUCUACAAGCGCUUCAGCUGUGUCUGCCCCUCAUGUGAGUUCCACUGCUGCCGUACUCUCAGGACUCGCCGCCUCAGCAACAGUCUCUGCUCCUCCCUUCUCGCUUAACUUGUCCAGUGCCGUCCCUUCCCUUUUUUCUGUUGCCCAGGGACCUCUGGGAUCAUCAAACCCAUCCUUCCCUGGUUUUCCUGUCUCUAACACACCCUCUGUCACUCCUGCUCUCCCUUCUUUCCCUGGCCUCCAGGCAUCUUCUGCAGUAGCAGCAGUUGCACCGUUGCCAGCAGCUGCCACAGCCCCAUCUCCGGCUCCGGUCCUGCCAGGGUUUGCCUCGGCCUUUAGCUCAAACUUCAACUCUGCACUUGUUGCACAGGCUGGCUUGACUUCUGGACUACAGACACCGGGAAAUGCAGUUUUUCCUGGUCUUUUAUCUCUCCCUGGUAUCCCUGGCUUUCCCCAAAGUGCCGCACAGUCUUCCUUACAGGAACUGCAACACAGUGCGGCUGCACAGUCAGCUCUACUACAGGCACAUUCUGCUUCUGCUCUGGAGAACUAUGCAGCUCAGCCUGAAGGUUUUGCUAACUAUCCGUCAACAUCGGGAACACCAUUUUCAUUGCAGACAAGUCUGCCCCAGAGUGGAUGGCAAUAAAUACCAGAUUUUUUUUUAAAGACUGCAGUGGUUGCUUGACAGAGCCUGAUCCUAUUCACUGUGAAGGCUGUCUCCACUUUAGCGGGAGCAUUAUCUGAAUUGGGGAAAGAGGGGGAAAACAUGGAGGUAAAAUGGUUCCAGGAGGCUGUGUGAGAUGUCAAACCCAAUUUGAGAUUGCAUUCAGUUGAUUCAGGGUCUGAUUCAGUGAAUUGCGGAGCAUCCUUGACUGUCCUUUUAGUUUAUGAAUUGAAUGUUUGGUGUAUUAUGGGAACAGGAACAUUCAAACACGUUUAUGUAAAUAGAGAAAUUGGCUGUCAAACUGAAUGGGAAGAACAAGUAUAAUUAAUAGCGUGUAUAAGCACCUAUCCUUCUGUUAUAUUUUGUAUGGCAUAUGUGGUUAAUAUAGUAUGAGAUGUAGACUGAAACUACAUAAAGCUGUAGACGAUCUUUCAUCUAGAUGCACACUUGUCUGUGCAUAGAUCAAGGUCAGUUUGUUUCUUCUUUUCUUUGUAUGUUUGAAGAUCUCCUGUUAACAUCAGCAGUAUGUUAAGGGGAGGCUAGAUCAGAGGGGUGUGGGCAUUUUCUUAUGCUUUGUAAUAUUGUCAUGGGCUUACGAAUUGAGUACUCCUUUGUCUGAAUCUGAACAGGAGAGAUAGGAAAUGAUGCUGGACUGUAUUUGGGUAGAAGUGGAUUAUGGUUAACUGGAGUAUGGUUUAGUUAGCUGACAAUGUCUUUCCAAAGUAUGUAAAAGCAUUUUAAUUUGCUUUUAAAAUAAUGUUACACAACAUCCUCCCUGCCCCCCCCCCCCCGCUCUGUGAAUGAAAUAAUUAAAUAAUUGUACUGCAGAUAGGCUACCUAUCCAGCACUUUUGACUGCAGACGUUUGUGAAUGUUUACAGACAUGGGUCAAGUUCUUCUCUCCUUGUACUCACAAACUCACUGGUUCUCUAUAUGCUUUUUGGCUCUAAAUCGCAACUUGAUGGUGCUUAUGUUAUCAUGUGAAUAUAAGCGAGAGCAGAAUUUGGACCAUGGAUUUUUUUAGUAUUUUUCCUUGGAAAAUGUACAUGAUUUUAAAGGCAUAUAGCUAAAUUAACUGUAUUGUUUAGGAAGGAUUAUAAUGCAGCAUAUAGGAAGAUCUUGCUUUGUUAGUGAAAUUCAGUUGUGCACUCUUCUAAUUAUGUUAGUACCUGUGGCAAUGUGUAACACAGUAUUGAAUAUCAUCUAUUUAAAAUAAACUCUUGAUCAUGUUCUAGAGACAGUAGAGAUGAGUGAUAUUCAGUCCUGUGAUUAAAUUAAAACAUAGAUGAUACUAUACUGUAGAAAAGCUCUGCGCCUAGAGUUUUACUUUUUUUAAAGAUGAAUUCUGCUGGGAGAUGUUGCUAAUGUAUUUUCUUUCGAGAUGUGAACAAACUUUUUUAGAACAUUAAUGGAAAUUCCUGUAUUGGUUUUUAACACAAUUUUUUUAAAAAUAACAAGUUUACAGUCAUGGUGAAAAAAAGGCUUUGCUGACUAUUUACAUAUUUGCGUAAAAUACAGAUGAAUAAACUUGUUUUUACUGAAACACUUCCUAAUGUUUGAUCUUGCUUAUGUUGUUUCUUUAUGAUGUGUAAUUAUAUACUGAAUUAUAAAAUUGGUUUCCUAAGGAGUGGCAAUAGAAGUAUCCUAUUAAGCGUUUAGUGAAAAAAAUUAAAUAAUGUCCUCAGUACUUUGUUAGCAAUUAGGUAGUCUUGCAUUUUUAUAAUCAAAUUUACAUAUUACUUAAAAUCUGAAGAUAAAAACGUACUGCACUUCUACAUUUUUUUUGUGCAACCAGUUGAAUUCUAAUGAUUCUCUGCUCUGAAUUUCUUUUAAAAUCAGUGCCUUAUCUUGACUGAAGAAAUAGAGAAAAAAAAUCUCAUACCAUCUUUUCUUGUGCUUCCCUUUCUUUUCAUGACUUGUUCUUUGUAGAUUUGUGGAUCAUUUGGAGAAGGAGAAAAUGAAAAUAUCGGUAUCUCCUCAAUAGCAAGCUUUUGUCCCAGAGAUGUGAACACAAAGUAGUUCAAAGUCAGGAAGCACUUUGUAACCUUACUGAGGUUCUGAGUUUGAUCUCCAUCUUGAGUCCUAGUGCCCCAUCAAGCAAUCAAGGUUUAAAUUAAUUCACGUUACCUUGUAGUCAAAGCCAAGUGGCACUCAUCAGCUGUUUGGCAGUGUUUUAUCAAAGACCAUUUGUAUGUUAUUGGAAAACACAUACUGAGUAGUCAUGGCGUGCAGGUUACUGGUUUGUUUGUCUGAACAUCAGACAACUCAAAGGUACCUAGAGUCUGUGAACCCCUCUUUCUCCAAGUGAAAACAGGUGUGAAAUAGUGAAUAUCUACUGUAUCAAACGCUGUUCUUCUGAAACAAUAUAACUCCUAAGUGGUAUCUAUGUGAUGUCCUUUACUCAUAAAAGGCUAUUUCAUGCACAGCUGGUGUAGUUCUGCAGAAGCUCAUCAUCGUUUGAUAAGUGAAUAACCAGUUUAAGAAGCAUUAAACUAACUUUUUUUUUUCUCUAAAAUGGGCUAUCUGGUUCUUACUGAAUCAGAUUCUAUGAUACUAAGCAGGAUUUCAUAAAUUGACUUUUUCAGUGGUUAGGAUUAAGGUAAGUUUCAAUUUCUUAAAUAUUUAUCCUGAUGUAAAACUGUUUCUUGUCAAUUUGUUUUCUCUUCAGGAGUAAAGUCUGUGUCUGCAUUGCAGAAAACUGCGACCCAGCCUUGGAAUUUCUGAAAAAAAAAAGGUUUUUUUGCUUGCUUGAGCAACAUUUUUAAAAAGCUAAGGAAGAGUAUAUUCCUGAGUCAAACCAUGCUGCUGCAUCUUGUGCCGAGCCUGUGCUGGGAAGGGACUGUUGCUGUAUGAUUUAAUUCUGGACUAAAUAUGUUGGGGUUUUUUUCAUUGUUCAAGUUGCUUAUGACUAUUUAAGCUAUGUUACUGAUUGCAAAGAAA